CGAGAUGCGCUCCGUUUAUAUCGAUGUUCACACGGGUAUAGAGAGGCGCGCGGCUCGCUGCGGACACAUCGCUCUCUGGACGCUCUGCACAUCACGGGAAAGCCUAGAACGGAGAGUUAUGAGAAAGUAGACGAUCUAAAAGAGCACAUUAGGAAUUUUAAGUUCAAUGACCACUAUGGCCGUUCCCGCGACUCUUCCGGUUCACUCUGGGACUUCUGCGGUGUCCGGUAAACUCUUCAGGACCGAGCCGUUCUUCUCGAGUCCCGCUGAGGCUCCGCGUAUCAUCAACUCGCUGCCGAGCGGUGGGACCACAAACGAGUGCAAGAUCGUGGAGGUUCACGGGGUUAAAGUGGCGUCUUUCAGUGUUGAUGGGCAGGAGCUUAUUUGUCUCCCUCAAGUAUUUGACCUUUUCCUGAAGCACCUGGUGGGCGGACUGCACACCGUGUACACUAAACUCAAACGCUUGGAUAUAAACCCAGUGGUGUGCACCGUGGAGCAGGUGCGCGUGCUGCGCGGACUCGGUGCCAUCCAGCCCGGAGUGAACCGCUGCAAACUCAUUUCCAGAAAAGAUUUCGAAGCGCUGUACAACGACUGCACCAACGCAAGCUCUCGUCCAGGACGCCCACCUAAGCGCUCCUAUGGGGCCAGUGUUCAAGAAAGCCCCAGAAUCCUCCACCACAGAGCAAACCUCCUGUCUCCAGCCCUGCUUUCACCCACAGGUUUAACAACAGCAGCUAUGGCUGAAGCUUUAAAGAUACAGAAGAUGAAGAUGAUGAUGAACCUGCACAAGACUCACAAUGGCUCCGAAUUCGAUUCAGAUGAGCUGAACUCUAACGCCGGUACAGUAUGCAGCACCCUGUCCUGGGAGAGAGAGAAACAUUCAUCACCUGCUUCAGAGAAAACCCAGCACAGCUUGAACAACUCACAGCUCAACUCUCUCCAACACACCCAUCUACUGGCCAACAGACUAGAGCUGCCCUUCAUGAUGAUGCCCCACCCUCUGCUUCCUGUUGGACUUCCUCCUGCCUCUGUUGCCAUGGCAAUGAACCAGAUGAACCACCUUAAUACAAUUGCCAACAUGGUUGCCAGCGCACAGGUGCACAGCCCCGUCUCCAGGCCGACAUCUGCCAUCAAGGAACGUUUUGAAGAAAGCCCCUCUCUGACUCCAUCUGUAGAGGGGAUUGUUUCUCAAAAAACCGAACCUUCACCACAACAAAGCAGUUCGGUUCCCAGUAGCCCCACACACCCUUACACACAUUCUCCUCUAAAAACAGCAUAUGACGCUCAUGAUGAACAAAGGGAGACUGAUUCAGCUCUGCAUGUGAACAGACUUUCCAACGACAGGGUUGAGCAGAAUGCAGUGAAGCCAGCAUUGUUUGAGAAGGUUCCAGCUCAGACGUUUCCCUCAGGCUUUCCUGCUUCUCUCCUGUUCACUGACGGCCUUUCCUCUGUCGAGACGCUGCUCACUAAUGUUCAGGGUCUGCUGAAGGUGGCUCUGGAAAACGCACGUCUGCAAGAGAAGCAGCUUCAGCAGGAGAGGAGAGAGCUCAAGAUGGAGCUGUACAGAGAGAGAGAGAUGAGAGAGAGUCUGGAGAGACAGCUCACCUCAGAGCUACGCACUCGAGCCACCAUUCAGAGACGUCUGAAGAAGGAGAAGAAGGCAAAGAGGAGGUUACAGGAGGCGCUGGAGUACGAGUCCAAGAGGAGAGGACAAAUAGAGCAGGCUUUACAGCAGGCCACUUCAUCAGACUCUCUAACACACGAUCCAAUCAGUCUGGAGAUGGAGACAGAGCGAUGCCGCAGCCCAGAGGACAACUGCUUGUUACAAGAAAGCAGAACAUAUACGAAAAAUCCAAUCAUAUACUAAGAUGACGUGAACUCCCAGCGAGAGAAUAAGGAAAUUUUCCAUAUCAUGAAUGACCCCUACAAUCAACUUCCUGAAUAAAGUUUUCAAUGAAGAGAGGACUUGAACAUGAGCUUCAGAUCUUCAAUCGAAUGCUCCAACCACUCUUUUUCUCAUCCUCACAACAUUCCAGGUUCCUCAACUGUUGUUUUUAUUCACCUAGAUUGUGCUUAAUUCCCUGUUUUGCUGUGUGGAGAGCACUGCUGGCAUUCUGUAACUGGUUUUAAACAGUGUUUUUUUUUAAAUGAUGUCAUGACUUUAUCCCUUCAGGACAGUGACCUUCAGUCUAAAGCCCUCACGAAGGAGCUGAUGAAAAUGUAAGAAAAAGAAAGGAAAAGAGAUUUGGCUUGUGUUUCAUUCUUGUUGAAAGACUCUGAAGAGUGUGGAAUGUUACAUUUUCUUGCUUUUCUCUCAUAUGACCAUCUUCUGAUUCUUCGGUCCAUUUAUUAGCUCAGUUUAGCUUCUUGAUACUGUUCACCAGUUUGUAUGUGGUAGUUUUCUUUUGUAAAACCUUACAUUGUUUUAUUGGCUUUCAGUCAGAAGGGAAAGCUACUGAAUGUGUUUGUUCUGUAUUUGAAACAUUCCUAAUGAAAAAUACAGUAUUACCAACCAUU